UCGCAGGAACCCCAUCUCGUCGGUGAGUCCCCAUUCUUCUUCUUCUCUUCCUUGUUCGGUUAAUCCAUUUGGAGGGAUUUUGGCCUGCAGGGGGUUGGAUUUAAUCCCUUCAAAUCCAUAGCGGCAGGCUCACCACACCCACGGUUGGAAGAAGAAGCUCACCCAUAGCAGCAGGCUGAUCGAAGGAACCCAUACAUCGACCAACGACGGCAGCUGCAGUGGAUCCAUGGACCGCGAGAGGGCGAUGGCUGCUGUCGUCUACUUCGUGUGCGCCUUCCCGGUCUGCGUCUUCCCCGCCUUCUACGCCAUGGGCUCCUCCAUCUGCUACGCGCUCUGCGGCAAGCUGCGGCGGUGCGUGGCGGAGGAUGACACCGCCGUCUGGUUCUGGCCGACGGUGUGCUGCGCCGCACUCCAGGCGACCUUUGGGGCGCUGGCGCUGCUGCUCCCGUCCCGCAGCUGGCGGGUCAGCCGUGCCAGCGCCUACCUCACCGUCGCUGUCAUCCUCGUGGGCCGCUGUAUGUAUGCCAGCGUCAUGCCUCAAGGAGUGCCCCAUGACCUCAAGAUCCUCAUAGCCUCGGGCACCUUCGGCCUCACGGUGGCCGACCUCCAUAGCUUCUUCUUCCCGGCCCGGGGAGGUCAGGAGUAGCUCCUCAUCGGUGAGCUCAAGCUCCAUGUUCAAGGAUCAACUCAUGAGGUACUGAGGUGACAACUGAUGACAAGUUCAGAGGAAUGCAUGCUGAUAUAUUGUACCACAUGCAGCUUUUAACUGGAUAGAUCUCCUAGCACUUCAUCCGUCUAGUGUUGGACCUUUGAGUUUGAUAUAUAUAUGGACCUUUUCCUCUCUGUAUGAUCAUCGGCCAUAUGAUUAUAUAGAAGCUGCUUGGUUAUAUAUAAUUUACGUUGGUCAAGGUGAAAUUAUUACUGCAGUU